AUGGCCCAAUCGAGCGAAUUUGAGGGAGAUGAUUUCUCCAACAAUCUUUUCAGCGACCUCGCGCCUUUGCUCACGCUCUUCGGGGAGCAAGUAACAAAGCAAUUCCUCAGCAUGAGUAUAGGGUGGGCAGAUAACUUGCUUCUGUCCAUGGGACCGCUUGGGGUAAUUACUAUCGUUGUGAGCGCUAUCCGGGUAGGAGGCGUAAGCAGGCUGAAGACACUUAUUGGACGGGCUCGCGAAAGUCAGGCGGUUGCAGAACAAGAAUUACUCUCUUCUACUUCUGAGAAAGUGUGCGAACUUUGGGACGGGCAGCAGAUUGUCCGGCUAAUGGGCGACUUUGAAGGGCUUCGAACUCUACUCAUUGACGAAGACGGGAAGAUCUUCGAUAUUGCAAGUGCUUCGGCCGAAGAUCUCGUCGAAGGGGACUUUUACUACCACUAUGUGGAAAAGCUUCAACUUGACCAUAGUCCAACACCAAAUCUUGCCCUCAACGCUCGAAAUGCCAUCGUAUCAUCCCGGGAGCGAUGGUUUUGGGCAGCUGUGGGAAUUUUCCUUCAGAUCUUCGCAAUAACGUUUCCGGGAAUCGCCAUUUAUCAUUGGCAGUGGAUCAAAAUAGGCUACGUUGCUGAUUAUGGGUACCCUUGUUUCUGCAUAGGCACCGUUUGCCUUAUGAUAGGCGUGGCAACAUGCGGCCACAUAAUUGAGGGAGUCACAACUGAGAAUGCGAUUCCGCUUACAGAUAUGGGUAAACGCCGUGGCGUCAGAUUCUUCACCCUGCAAAGAGCUCGAUCAAUUGGUGAUCAGCAAUUCCCUUCAAGCGUAAUAUUUCUUGCUGAGCAUGAUAAGAUACUCAGGAUUUCACGGCUGAAUCAUCGUCAUUACGGGUCUCUCACGCUAUUUGCAGUUUCUACAGCCAUCUCCGGGUAUAUUGUUCAAUUUAUUGGCUUGAGAGCUCUUCAUUGGUCAGCAACGGUGGUCAUGCUGGCAGUGACACUCUUGAUGACAAUCAUUCGGGCGUGGAUUCGAAGAGGGCUUGCCUCAGAUCUUCAAGUUGUAUCAUCUUCAAGUCUUCAAGGUCAUGAGCUCGCUUGGCUUACCCUUCAUCUCGCAUCAGAAAAAGAGAGGAACACAAAGAGCCGGCGAGAAGCCGGUAAAGUCACAGCCGAGACAACCAGACAUCUUUCGGCGAAUGUUUACAACGACAAGUUCUUCAAUUUCCCACAAGCAUGA